AUGAAGAAACCAAAGCACAAAAAGAUCAAAGAAACCCCAGAUUACAAUAUGGCCUCAUUACAAGCUUCAUGCGUUCUAGUCUCUUGUUCUUCUUAUAGAUGUGCGAAAAGAAUCAACGCUGCCAUUUCUGUCCCUAAACUUCAAAAAAAUCACUUAUCAGUUCCAAAAAAUCCAUUAAAACUAGCUGAGGAACUGAAUUUAAGGGAUGGUUUCCCAAGUACAAUCCCAUUAGAAAACACAAGAGUAGAUCAAUAUGAGCCAAUCAAUUCUACAACUGCUACUACAGCAACAGCCAAGGUUUAUGCAAUCUUAGAGGCUGUUGCAGAUAGGGUAGAGAUGCACAGAAACAUUGGCGAGCAACGCGACAAUUGGAACACUCUUCUUUUGAAUUCAAUUAACAUGAUCGCUCUCACAGCUGCAACUAUGGCUGGUGUUGCAGCAGGUGGUGCAGUAGGAGCACCUCUUUUGGCUUUGAAGUUAUCAUCAACUCUUUUAUUUUCUGCAGCUACCGGAAUGUUACUUAUCAUGAACAAAAUCCAGCCUUCGCAGCUUGCAGAAGAGCAAAGAAAUGCCACAAGAUUGUUCAAGCAACUUUAUAGCCAAAUACAAGCUACUCUUGCUCUUCGUGAUCCUACUGAGAUAGAUGUGAAGGAUGCUAUGGACAGAGUUUUGGCUCUUGAUAAAGCUUACCCUCUUCCCUUGUUAGGAAAAAUGAUCGAAAAGUUCCCUGAAAAAUUUGAGCCUGCUGUUUGGUGGCCUAAAUCAAAUGAGUCCCAAAGUAGAGAACAGCCUAAACAGGUGAAAACACAAGGAAAGAAUGGGUGGAGUGAGGAUCUUGAAGAGGAGAUGAGGGAGGUGAUUGAAGUAAUAAAGAGAAAAGACAGUGAAGAUUACAUGAGACUAGGGAACUUGGCAUUGAAGUUGAACAAGAUUUUAGCCGUCUCAGGUCCAUUACUCACUGGAAUUGCCGCUGCCGGGUCUGCCUUUGUAGGCCAUGGAUCAUGGCCGGCAAUAGCGGCAGUGACAGCAGGUGCAUUAGCUUGCAUAGUAAAUUCAUUUGAGCACGGUGCCCAAGUUGGUAUGGUGGUUGAAAUGUACAGAAACAGUGCUGGAUUCUUUACACUUUUGGAAGAAUCAAUGGAGUCUACAAUUCAAGAAAGGAAUUUGGAGAAAGGAGAAGAUGGGGAAAUGUUUGAAAUGAAGGUGGCCAUGAAGCUUGGAAGAAGCUUAUCACAGCUUAGAGAUCUUGCUAGAAAAUCCUCUACUUCUCACGUGGAUGGAAGCAACAUAGAUGAGUUUGCUAGCAAAAUCCAUGCAGCCAUUUCAGUCCCUAAACGUCCAAGAAUUCAUUUUUCAGUUCUAAACACUCCACAAAAAUUAGCUGAGGAAUUGAAUUUAAAAGAUGGGCUCACAAGUAUAAUCCCAUCACAAAACACAAAACCAGAUCAUCAAUAUGAAGCAAUUGAUUCUACCGCUACCAUAGCAACAAUGAAGCGUUAUGCAAUCUUAGAGGCUGUUGCAGAUAGGGUAGAGAUGCACAGAAACAUUGGAGAGCAACGCGACAAUUGGAACACUCUUCUUUUGAAUACAAUUAACAUGAUCACUCUCACAGCUGCAGCAUGGCAGAAGUCGCAGCAGGUGGUGCAGUAG